UCACGUUUGCGACAGCAUCAUGGCAGCGUUCGGUGUGAGUUUUGAGAGCUCAAACAGCAUUAAAUCUAGAAAAGAGUCCAAAAGAGAAGAACGAGCACACGUUUUACAACAGGCGAAGGAGAAGUAUGAGAACGAGGAGAGGAGGAAGGCCGAGAGGAAGGCCAGGGGUGAAGACACAUGGAUGCUUCCCGAUGUUGACCUGCGACUGCAGCAGAUUGGCCAGGAGCAUGCAGUGAAAAACAAGAAAAAGAAAAAGGAAAAGAAAGCAAAAAAGGAGAAGAAAGAGAAGAAGAAGAAGAAAGCCAAGAAAGAGGAAAAUGCAUCAUGUGACAGCUCUAAAGACUCGGAGGACGAGUGGGUGGAGGCCCAGCUUCCUUCAGGGGGCGGAGACAAGCCAUGGAAGGCGGAGCUUGAGGCCACGCCCACAUCGACAGUGGCCAGUACUAGCCAAAGAGAUGAAUGGAUGACCUUUGACUUCCUGGCGAUGAAGACGACCUCCGUGGCGGAGAAACGAGCGCAGAAAGAAGCAGAGAAAGAGGUGGAGAGGGAGAAAGCAAAGGCUAUUGAACAGGCUGGUCUUCAUAAGUUAGAGUUGAACCCUUACUGGAAAGAUGGAGGAAGUGGUCUGCCCCCAGAGGCCACCUCCAGAACUGCGCUUAGAAAAGCUGGAGUGGUGAAUGAUGGAGGGGUGAGCUGGCUCAGAAAGUCCUAUCAGAGGAUGAAAGAGCAGGCCGACAGAGAACAGCGCAGUGUGGAGAGUGUGGUGGCGGAGAGAUACGGGUCCAUGGAGGAAUUCCAGAGGAAACUGCGAGAGGCGGAGGAGGUCGCGUAUGGAGAGAGGAGAGAGGAGAGGGGUGAGAGGAGAGGAGACCGAAACGAGGGAAGAGAGAGAUGGAGGAGAGAAGAGAGAGAUGAAUUGAGAGAGAGAUGCAGGAGAGACAACAGAGAUGAAAGAUGGAAGAGAGAUGAUGGAGAUGAAGGGAGAGAGAGAUGGAAAAGAGACGACAGAGAUGAAGGGAGAGAGAGAUGGAAAAGAGACGACAGAGAAGAAGGGAGAGAGAGAUGGAAGAGAGAAGAAGGGAGAGAGAAUGGAGAAUGGAGGAGAGGACGGCGAGACAAAUCUCCAAAUACCGAGAGAGAAAGAGAACGAGACUUUGAGAGAAGGUCUCUCGACCACGAGGAACGCGAUCAGAGAUCCGGGCCGGAUCCAGACGAGGAUCCGGAGUCUCAGAGACGCAUCACUUCCUCUCUGUACAGCCUCAGUGACAAGUUCCUCAAACCCUCCGAUGCCGACGAGGAUAUGAGCGCAGGGCCAGCGUCGAGGAGGGGGGUGCAGAAGGGCUCCUCGUCCAAUCAGAGGACAGGAUUCAGAAAACCUGAUGAUGAUGAUGAUGAUGGGGUUGUAGCUGCCUGGAGGAAGAGCAGUGAUUCAAAGACGACGCCAACCCCACAGAAACACACAGAGAAGAGCGCCGCCCUGCAGGAGGAGAGCAAAACAACAACAGUGAGCAGUUCAGAGAGUGAGGAAGAGGAGGAGGAGGAAGAGCUGAUCCUAACGGAUGAAGAGAUGAAUAAACUGGGAGCCAAACUGGUCAAGGCAGAACUCAUGGGAAACACGGCGCUGGUGGACAAACUGAACGCUCAGAUGGACGCUGCCCGUCGAGCCAAAGAGAGCCGAGCUCAGAGAAAAGUCCAGACCACACCAGUGUCUGCACCACCCGACUCGGAGAAGGAAGUGGUGUUGUUCAGAACCGACCCGUCGGGACGAGCCUGGCCGGUCAACGCCCUGUCGCAGACACUGGAGCCUCGAGGAGGACGGAGGAAGCGGAAAGCGGUUGAGACGCAUCAGGGCGGCGAGCGCGUGCGCUACUUUGAGGAUGAUGAUGGUGUGGAUCUGCGAGAGAUGGUCAGGCGGGAGAAGAUGAGCUCUGCGGAGGACCAGAACGCUCUUUACUCACGCAUGGCCGCCAAGAUGAUGGGGAAGACCGACGGCGAUAACUACACGCUGGACGACAUGUUUGUGUCGAGUGCGGCGCAGAAGGAAGGAGCGGGUCGAGAUGAAGAGCGGCAGAGGAAUAAAGCGGUGCAGGAGACGCGGAGGUUAGCGGGGCGGAUGGACAAAUGCAGACACUGCUUCGACAGUCCUGAACUUCCCAAACAUCUCAUCACAGCCGUCGGAAGCAAGGUGUACUUGUGUCUGCCGAACAGUGUGUCUCUGACCGAAGGUCAUUGUUUGAUCGUUCCCAUCCAGCAUCACACAGCGGCCACCGGCCUGGACGAGGACAUAUGGAGCGAAAUACAGAUGUUCCGUCGUGCUUUGGUCCGCAUGUUCGAGUCUCAGGAGUUGGACUGUGUGUUUUUGGAGACUCAUAUGAAUCCGAAAAGACACUUGCACAUGGUGUACGAGUGUGUGCCGAUGCCCAAAGAGCUCGGAGACAUGGCACCCAUUUACUUCAAGAAAGCCAUAAUGGAAUCGGACGAGGAAUGGGCCAUGAAUAAAAAAGUUGUGGAUCUGUCGUCGAAAGACAUCAGACAAGCUGUUCCUCGAGGCUUGCCGUACUUCUCUGUGGAUUUCGGAUUGCAGGGCGGCUUUGCUCACGUCAUCGAGAACGAGCACAAGUUCCCACACUAUUUCGGCAAAGAGAUUCUGGGAGGGAUGCUCGACCUGGAACCGAGGCGAUGGCGCAAACCGAUCCGCGAGAACUUCGACGACCAGCGUAAGAAGGUUCUGGCGUUCGCCCAGUGGUGGAAAGCGUUCGACUGCACGAAGAGUGACAGCUGACCUCUCAGAGACGGCGUGUGUUCACUCUGAACUCUGAUUGGCUGAGCCGCCACACCACGUUAAAGACUUGGAGACGCCUGCUUUUUUAUUUUGGACUGUACGUAUGCGUUUAACCGUCUAAUUUGGAUUAU